AUCGUGGCCAACACGGUGCUGCUGAAAGCCCGGGAAGGCAAACGGAAUGGGCGCAGUAAAAAGUGGAGGGAGAUGCUGAAGUUGCCACCCAUCAGUUACUGUGAAGGCCUCAGACGUUCAGUUGAAAAGGACUAUAACCAGCUCUGUGACAAGCAGCCAAUAGGGAAACUUCUCUUCAGGCAGUUCUGUGACACUAAGCCAGAUUUGAAGAGGUGCAUUGAAUUCCUGGAUGCAGUGGCAGAGUAUGAAGUGUCUUCAGAUGAAAAGCGUAAAGAUUGUGGCCUGGAAGUUCUAGCGAAAUAUUUCACCAAUGGGUCUACAGCCCACUUACCAGAAAUACCUCAAGAUACAGUGGAUGAAUGCAAGGCAAGGUUGGAGAAGAAUCCUUCCAAAGAACUCUUUAAGGACUGCACAAGAGUUGUUCAUGAUUAUUUAAGCGGAAGACCAUUUGAGGCUUAUCAAGAAAGCAUACAUUUCUCACGGUUUUUACAAUGGAAAUGGUUAGAAAGGCAACCAGUAACCAAGCACACGUUUAGGCAUUACCGAGUACUAGGCAAAGGUGGAUUUGGAGAGGUAUGUGCCUGUCAAGUGCGGGCAACAGGAAAAAUGUACGCUUGUAAAAAGCUAGAAAAGAAAAGAAUAAAGAAGAGAAAAGGAGAAUCAAUGGCUUUAAAUGAAAAAAUAAUUUUAGAAAAAGUGAAUAGUAGAUUUGUAGUUAGUUUAUGCUACACCUAUGAGACUAAGGAUGCUCUAUGUUUAGUAUUAACCAUUAUGAAUGGAGGAGAUUUGAAGUUUCAUAUAUACAACAUGGGAGAUCUUGGCUUUGAUGAAAAAAGAGCUGUUUUUUAUGCUGCAGAGCUAUGCUGUGGCCUGGAGGAUUUGCAGAGAGAGAGAAUUGUUUACAGAGACUUGAAGCCUGAAAACAUCCUUCUUGAUGACUGUGGACACAUCAGAAUUUCAGACCUUGGAUUAGCAGUACAAAUCCCAGAAGGAGAAACAGUCAAAGGGCGAGUUGGAACUGUUGGAUACAUGGCUCCAGAAGUUAUCAACAAUCAAAGCUAUACAUUCAGUCCUGAUUGGUGGGGUCUCGGCUGCCUAAUUUAUGAAAUGAUUGAGGGACAAUCUCCAUUCAGGAAGCACAAGGAAAAAAUCAAACGGGAGGAGAUUGAACGAAGAGUAAAGGAAGAGCAGGAGGUGUAUUCAGACAAGUUUUCAGAGGAGGCAAAAUCUAUCUGCAGGAUGUUACUUGCCAAGGAUCCAAAGCAAAGAUUGGGCUGUGGUGUCGAUGGAGCUGCUUCUGUAAAACAGCAUCCCAUUUUCAAUGGUAUUAACUUCAAGCGACUGGAAGCAAACAUGUUAGAUCCACCUUUUUUGCCAGAUCCACGUGCAGUGUAUUGUAAGGAUGUCUUGGAUAUAGAACAGUUCUCCACAGUAAAAGGAGUGAACCUGGAUACUGCAGAUGAUGACUUCUAUUCCAGAUUCGUUACUGGUUGUGUUUCAAUCCCUUGGCAAAAUGAGAUGAUUGAAACAGAAUGUUUUGAAGAUAUCAAUGCAUAUGAAAUGGAUAGCACCUUGACACCAGAUGUGGACAUGAGCAAACAUACUCCUAGACCAAAGAAAGGCUUCUUUCAUAGACUCUUCAGAGGAAUGGUCUGCUUUAAAUCGAGUUACAGUGAUAAUGAAGAGGAGUCCUCUAGACUUUGAAUUAACUUUCCUAUCACCAAAAAACAAAAGGAUGAAUGAGCUUCAAAUGUUUUAUAUCUCUGUAGCAGAGUAUAUUAUAACUUUUAUAAAAAUUAGCUAUGUUUUUGUACAUUUGUACUUCAGUUAAGAUGUAUAUUUUCCCGAUUUUUUUUUCUUUUUUUUUUUUAUUGUACAGAAAGCCAUGAGUACCACUUAAAAGUGUGUGUGCAUAUGUAAAAUAAUUACAUUUGUAAUUCUAAUGAGUCUAAAAAAUAUUGAAAGGGGUUUUUAGAGCACAGCUAAUAUCUGUGCCUAGAGAUAUUUGGUUUUGUUCCUAACAACUCAACUUGGAGGCUCUAUUUCUUAUUCAGCAGAGCUGUGAGGGGGGUAUUCAUAACAGUACAAUUGUUAUAUUGAUUUAGCCAAAUAUUUCUGGUGUUAAAAGCACUUCAAUACUAUUAGAUUUCAGGUUGCAAUUUAAUGUAUUUCUUAAAUAAUUUAAAAUGAAAUCAUUAGGAAAAGAAGGAAUUAAUUUAGUACACUGUGACCAGUUUAUGUAAAGUUUUUUUUUAAUAUGUUUUUGUUUUCAGUGUGUUUCAAAAUGUAUGUUUUAUAUAUUGUGUAUUCUGAAGAUUGCCUUGAUCUUGCAACAAUCUUCAUCUUGCUAAAUAUUGAUAGAAGGGGAUAACAAUGGCUUUCUCAGCAAGUAUUUAUAUACCCUGUCCCCCACAUGCCUUAUAAGAAAGAUUAAGAUUAUUCAUCUUUCUGUAGUGUUGGGAUCAUUUCCUUUCUGUUCAUAUAUUUGAAGCAAGACUGAGCAUAAGAGAGGACUUCCAGGUUUGGGUUCUUUUUUUUUCUUUUUGAAGUGGUAAUUUAUGCUUCUGGUAACUCCUCCUCCUUCCCUUUAGAUAAAGCUUACAAAUAAGGUUCUUGUCUACAUUGCAAGUAGAGCCAUGCUCCUAUACAACUCAACUGUAUUUCGAAUACUUCAUACUUUAUAACUAUAAUUACUAUAAAAGCAGCAUACAUAAUGUUGUGUUUUUCCCUUCUCCCCCUUCUUAACUAAGACUAUGCUAUCACCCCCGUGAUGCAGGCUGUGUAGUCUAUAAUGUGGUAUACUGUGCAUGAACUGUAAAAGGGAUAGGAUUUAACUUUACUACAUAAUACUUCACUACUUAUUUUCAUUGUAGUUUCUUAUAUUUGAUCACUGAGUUGAUGAUCACCUCUGAGGGAAAUCAAAGUGUUCGUGUAAUUAAUUUUAAUACUGACAAUCUUCAUGAAUUUUCAAACAUAUCAAGGAUAAGUAAUUCUCUGAGAUUUGGGUGCCCCUGGUACUCUUUGUAGGUGGAGCCAGGUACCGUUACUUCUAGAUAAGAUUUCUUGAAACAUUGUGUUAAAAGCCCCUUUUUCAGUUGCUUGUAGCUCAUAUCCUUUAACCUCUUGGUCCUAGAGCUUUGUGUAUCAGAUUUCUGUCUGUUUUUGAAAGUUUCAGAUAAAACUCAGUUGCUUCCUGAAACAGCUGUUUCAUUGCAAAGCUCUCCUGGUAUAUUCUUUGGAUCAGACACUUUACGUUUGAUAGGGCCAUCCCCUGGAGUCAGAUAUGCCUCUUGCCAUUUCCAGAAAAAUGUGCUCAAGUUAUUAGCUUUUGAAAAAACUGAUUUGCACAGUAGAAACUUGCCUGCUUGGUAAAUUCCCUGAAGAUUGUGCCUCCAGUGAACAUACAUCAACCGAUCACAGCUACAAACAAACUGGACCACAUAUGUGCUAUGUGUACAGAGCAGCAGAGCUUGCUUCAGCUCUUUUUCUUGAAAUUUCUUCUCUUAGCUGGUAGAGGCUGCUUUGUCUUGAGCACAAGCUCUGAGAAAAGAGUGUUCUCCUGUGCUCUCAGUACUCUUUUUUUGCUGCCUCCUGGGUAGUACGGAGAAGAGGGAAGAGUGCUCACUGUAAUGCACAGGGGAGCUGAAAGAUAGCUAAAGGGACUGUAUUAGAUGGGACCAGAGAGAAUGGGGUUAGGAUGUGGAGUAGAAUAAGACAAGGGCAAAUGUGGCACAGGUGUAGAAAGGCCUGGAUAUAACCUGGAGUUUAUAGGGGGCUGGAGGAGGAACUGAAGUUUGUGAGAUUUACUUUUUCUGUACUUGUUAAAUAGUAAUUCUCAAAUGUGAUCACUUUAAUUGUGGAAAUCCUCAGGCUUAUUGUAGUGAUAUCAAGGUGAUAUUAACCUUGGACAUACGGAAUGACAGCUUGGAUUUAAUGCUUGCUUAGAGCAACUUGCAAUUUGGGCAGGAAUACUAUGGACACAAGCUGAGUGGUUUUGAUGACAAAGCCACAAGAAGCAACUGUAACAAAGGAAGGGAAACUAUAUUUAUAUUUACCAUGUACUGUAAGUUAUCUAUGCUUUAGAUCAGUAGUGCUCAACCUUUUUCCUCAAUGGACCACAUGGGCAGUGCCAGGUCUGUCUGUAAGCCAGAUCAAGGCAGUGGUCCUGAUCUGGCACCCCUGGUGGGCACAGUGUGUACCAUCCAGCUGCACAGAGUGUUGGGGGCAGUCUGGCCCAGCAGGGGAGGGGAGCAUAGCUUGGACCCAAGGGGGAAUGGGGAUGUGGCCUAGCCCCAAUAUAGCCCCACAGGAGGGCAAGGGGGCAUGGCCUGGCCCCAACCCACUCUGAUCCAGAUGUGCAGGGAGGUGUGGUCCAUGGGGGGAAGGGAGCAUAGUAUGACUCCAACCAGUUGUGCAGAGCUUGGGGUUUAGGAAUUUGGCUGUGGGGACAGUGGCCAUAUUAAUGGCCGCUGCUCCCCCACCACCAAAUUUCUUGACUCAUGGGGAGCCCCACAGGCAAGAUGAAAUGGUUCUGCCGGCCACAUUUGGCCCAUGGGCCAGAGGUUGAGCACCCCUGCUUUAAGUAGAAAAAAUAUCCAAAACUGAAAAAGGUACUGAGAUAACUUUCUGCUUAAUAAUGUACCACUUCAUUUCAGUAGUUGUAGUAGUAAUUCACUUGGCUCAUUGUGGUUAGGAGGUGAAUGAUAACUUUGCAGUUGAGUAUUGUUUACUAAACUCCUUUUGAAAAGAAAGUGGGCCAAGAUUUGUCCUGUGAACGUGGAAGUGAGGUCUCUACUGAUUUCUGUGGGAUCUGUGCGUAUGGAUUUGAGCAAAAUGUGACUUUGUGUGUAACUAAGCAUGAACUAUAUUGUUUGAAAUUAGGAUAAAUGAUACUAAACUAUAUUUAUGCUCCUUUACUUCUGCCAAUCAAAAAGCUGCAGUUCCUAUCAAAUGUCUGGGGCAUGGAUGCUCAACCCCCUAGCCUGUGGGCUAGAUCUGGCCCCCGGCACAGUGUCAUAUGAUCCACAAGGCCCAAUCAACAUGUACGUGGAGUGUGGAGGGAUCAGCUCAGGGCCCAAUCCUGGCAUGUGGAGGCAGUGCAGGAUCCCAGGGCCAAUCCCAUCAAGCAGGGCCAGGUGGUGCCCUGAAGCCUCAUCCCAGCUGAGCAGAUCCCACAUCUAACUCAUGGACCAGCGCUGCGCCAUUUAUUUGGCCAUAGGGCCAAAAACUUGAGCAUCACUGGUCUGUGAAGAUCCCUGUUCAAUCUUGUGUCAUCUCUAUAGAGCCUAUAUUUACAGGCAACCUUCCAAAGAAGAAAAAGGCAGUCCUGCCCUGUUUUGAGAAGAAAAGUAAGAGCUUUUUUAACUACCCAGUCAGAUGCUUGCUGCUAUCACUUCCCACCAUACUCUCACCCAAUAACAUAUUCGUUCUUAGCUCCCUGUGUAGAUCAACACACUCUUACAGUAACUUUGCCCCCAAAGGGAAAUGCUGUUCCUACAUGAACAAACAGAAAAAGUAAGAGUGGUUUGAAUCAUAACUGUUUCAACCUUUGCCACCAACUGAAUGUUUUGAUCGUUGUUGUCAUAAAUAGGUGAGUCCUCGGGCCCGCACUGUUUAACAUCUUCAUCAGCGACUUGGACGCGGGGGUGGAAAG